GACGGGUUUCAAAAUAAUAACUUUUCGCUUUUUUUGACAAGAUGGUGUGUGCUGUGUGUACAGUGGGGAACCAAAUGCUCUGUGUGCUUCGUGAUGUCGUCGUAGUCGUGUUGUUGAGCUAGCGAGAGUAGUUGGGGUGCUUCGUCUCGGGGAAAGUCGUGUGAAUCAAAACAUAGCCAUACUGUUGCGGUUUGUGUGUGUGCGCUGUUUUGUAGUGGUUGUGUGGUUGUUGUGUAGCAAAAGUGUGUUAUUGCUGUUGUACGCGAGGAAGAAGAAAAAACAAGCUAAAGUGAGAAAAAAAGGAAGAGACGCACAAGUAUAGGAAAAGUAGUGUGGACUCGCCGGUGCGAAGAGAGGAUGACUGUCUGACGAGUGGUGUAUUUAAAGAACAAGAAAAGGAAUAAAUCAGCAAGAAGAGACAAAACAACGAUCAGAUGAUUCCUUUCGUUUUAUGCUGAAAACGAUGAUGUGCUUCAAAUACAUCCCGCCUGGCUGGUAAUGAUGGCAAUGAGGAUCAUGGUGAUGAUGAUAAUGAUAAUGAUGCAGAUGAAGAGGCUUGUUAAACCGGUGGAUCGAAUAAGCUAGAUCAGUGACGUGAGGAAACGACGAGAGCUGUUGAAAUUAAGUCAAAACAAGGAGAUAUCGAUUCGAUCGGAUCCGACUCAGCUCCUGUGCGCUGUUGAAUGAUUUUUUGUUCGUUUGGCGUGAGUGAGAGGAAGACGAACGAGCAGCGGGUUGUUCGUUGAGAGACACAACAAGCUCUGAUCGUGACCACAGGAGGGUGUAUAACGGGUGAACAGUUGCCGGUCAAACUGGCGACGGGAAGUAUCGACUCGACUCGUAAACCUACAGAAGUAGGCGGUAGGAGGUGUGCACCGGCGACAUAAACCGCCGAACUGGAACACCACCGUGGAACUCGCUCAAACUGGAAAAUCAAAGUCGCUGUUCGUUGAUAAUUGAUCGCAUAACGUGUGCUCACGAAGAAAGUAAGACAUUCAGGCCCCUGGGCUAUGGAUCCAAUAUUUUUCUCUCCGCCAAAUGGAGUACCGUCGGAAAGUAAGCUGGCAACAUAUAUGAGUCGUCAAAACGUUUCCACUCCAACGUAUGGGUUGUCUGCGGGCCUCAGCAAGCUAAAUUUAGACUCUCCGAUAACACUUAAGAAAACACAGGUGACCCCGCAGUCGCCAGAAUUCAUUCCAAUCAAUCGCCUGAACACAUCGUCAUCGCCAAACUUUUACUCCUCCUACGCGAUAGUCGGAACGAACGGCACUAACGGAAGUGGAGUGUCCAGCAAUGGUACGACGGUGGUCGUCACGGGGAACGGCACCGGACCCGUCGGACAGUCUCAACCCGCACAGCUUUCAUCGGUGGCGACGACGAUAAUUCCUACCGGCGGGGGAGGAGGCGGAGGUAGCUCCGGGAAUAAGUCGCAGGCCAGCAGCUAUGGGAGCAGCAUCCUCGGCAGCUCACUAAGUAACAGUUCGACCUACGCUGUGACACCUAUCAAGGGUCGAAGUUUACUCCGAAACGAAUCACCACAGAGCACCAACACAUCUCCUCGGAUUACGCCACAACCAUCACCACCGCCAAUCGCCACCAACAUUCAUCAGGAAAAUGUCGGUGGCACGACAUACUUCUAUCCGACCGCAGCAAACCAUCAAUUAACACCGAAUAGUACAGUUAACUCGACUGAUAACUCAUUUGUCCAUGUGACAAGUUCACAAAUUAAUAUAAGUUAUUCGCAUCCAGGACACGUUUACCCGGGACCUGCGUCGCACGUUGUCAACAUGCAGCCGAAGACACAACUAUCGAUGACAUAUUUCCUGCAGGACGAACUGAGAAAUGAAAUUUUAACUAGGAACGAAAUAAUCAAUAGUAUCGAAACCGAGUGUCAAGAUUUACCUCUAGAUGUGGAGAAAUACCAUUCGUUAUGUCUGUUAGAGUCUUUGCCUGCCCAUCCCAAGCUACCACUACCGUCGUCCACCUACAGAGCAACACACAAUCUAACUGGCGUGAAAUACUGCCUUAGACGCCUUCAUGGUUUCCGUAUCCAGUCGACCAAAUGCAUGCAAGUUGUCGACAUGUGGAAGAAGCUGCAGCACACAAACAUAGUACAACUUCGAGAAGUAUUUACCACGAAACAGUUCGGUGAUAAUUCCCUGGUGAUAGUGUACGAUUAUCACCCCGGAUCCCAGACGUUACUCUCGAAAUACUUCACACCUAGCUCCGAAACAACCAACGGCUAUUCUGACCCAUUCUCGGGCGAAGCUCGACCUUUCAGUCACAAAAGUUCUCUGCAUCGAUCGGCCACCGGAACACUGCUGCCGGAGAGCGAAAUCUGGUCGAUUAUUAUCCAGCUAACGGGUGGAUUGCGGGCAAUGCAUCUGGCUAGUUUAGCAUGUCGAACUCUGGAUCCAACCAAAAUCAUCGUCACCGGCAAGCGUUUACGGUUCAGUUUUAUGGCUAUAUCCGACAUUGCCACGUUCGAUCCCAAUCAGUCCAAUUCAAUGUCGGUCGUCACUCACCAUCAACAGGACGAUCUAACGGCUCUAGGAAAACUGAUACUAGCACUUGCCUGCCGAAAUCUACAAUCUGUACACCGGGAUCAGCUGCAAAACAGUAUUGAACUCGUAUCACGUAACUAUUCGGUGGAUUUGAGGAAUGUUGUUAUGUAUUUGCUCAGUCCAAACAGUCGGCGCACAGUGACAGAAAUAAUGCCAAUGAUUGGCGCUCGCUUCUAUGUACAACUCGAUGCAUUACAAGCCCAAUGUGAUAUUCAGGAGGACGAGCUGGCGAAGGAGAUGGAGAAUGGCCGUCUCUACCGGCAGCUUGUCAAACUCGGCACCGUCAACGAAAGACCAGAACUCAACCUCGACGUCACGUGGUCGGAAACGGGGGACCGCUAUAUGUUGAAGCUGUUUCGCGACUACCUCUUCCACACCGUUACGGAGGAUGGCCGUCCCUGGCUGAAUCAGUCACAUAUCGUACAGUGUCUCAACAAACUGGACGCGGGCACCAUGGAGAAGAUCCAACUAAUGUCACGUGACGAACAAUCAGUAUUAGUAGUAACCUAUGCUGAACUGAAGCACUGUUUAGAGCAAGCAUUUUCCGAACUAGUUGCAGCGGCCACGGUGUAAUAGUAGACACAACAGCAAGAAUAGAGAAUAGAGUAACAGUAGCUUUAGUGUAGACUAGUAGUGGGUAAAAAGAGACUACAUUUUGAAACGCAGAACUCAACGCCAAUGAGGUUGGCUGGUUGGUUGAAACACAGUAGAAGUGAAUUGAGGCUCAAAACGCAUAAAUUUUAUUCAAGCAGUGGCAGCAGUAUCGGUAAGGGAUGAAAGUUUCACAACUAAUACAGAUAAUGGACGGUAUCAUGAGUUAGAGGGGUGAAGCAUGGGAUUAAACAUCCAUUCACUGAUACAACUAGUAACCUAUACAGCAAACUGAAAGUGGAGAGAGAGAGUGAAAGAAUGCAGUUCCCUAGAGACAGGUUCGUGAUCUUAUUUGAUCUUAUUUUUAUACUUAAACACCUAUGGAGAAGAAGAUGUGAAAACGCAACGAAGUAGAUGGCGUUGGUCAGAGCGAAAGAGAGAGAUGAGUUUGCGGAAGAUUAAUAUUUACACAAAACAGAACUAUAUGAAACAACAAGGAUCAACACAAAGAGAGAAAAAGCGCUCAUCUACAGCAAAAUUGAUGAAAUGGUCCAAGGAUAUCGAGAGCGAAUCGAGUUCAAACGUAAGAAGUAAAAUGAAGCCCACAACCAAAAAAAAGCAUUUUUUGGCAGCGCGGUUGGUCAGGAAAUUGAUCUGAUGCAUCCAGCGUGUUCAGAUCGACUUUGGCGAAGAUAACUUAAAAAUAAUUCAAACAAUUAGGUGAGAGAACAAGAACACAACAAUAGGCGGAGGAAAAUUGAUCGGAAAACCGUAAAACACCGUUACUGGUUUAGUCUGAAUCCUUUCUAACAUAGCACAGAAUAACCACAUAGAAUACUAAUGUUAAGUUCAAAGUGAGUUAAAACUGAAAAUACAAAUUGGCUUCAAAUCCAUUCUAUUCAAAGAACAAAA